GAAGCCGUGACACAUGUGGGAGGGUUCAUUCCAGCCUGCACUUUCCACGGACGCACUCCUGCGAGAAACACCCAACGGGUAUGAUGGCAUCUCCACUGAAGAGUCUGGUUCAUGAUGAUGAUAGAUACCAGAAAUCCUUCCAACUUUUUCUGGAGCGCUCUUCUGAACACCAAUGCAUGCGAGACUUUAUCCACAAUAAACUCCCAGACAUUUUGUCCAGCAUUGGAGAUGGAAAGUCCCAUCUUAAUAUCAUUGGAGUUGGAAGCGGAGCCGGUGACAUAGACCUAGAGAUGCUCACUGAGCUACAUAAGAGACAUCCUGAGGUGACAGUGGAUAAUGAGGUGGUUGAGCCUAGCAGCCAACAGCUACAUAACUACAAAGUUUUAGUGUCACAGAAACCUGAGUUAAAUUACAUCAAGUUUACCUGGAACAAGAUGACAGCGUCAGAAUUUGAGGAGCACUGGAAGCUGAAAAAGAUGACAAAGAAGGCAGACUUCAUUCACAUGAUACAGAUGCUGUACUAUGUGAAGGACCCCGGUGCUACCAUCAGCUUCUUCCAGGGUCUCCUUGAUAAGAAUGGGAAGCUUCUUAUUAUUCUUGUGUCUGGGGAAAGUGGCUGGGGAAAGCUGUGGCGGAAAUACCGGAAUGAGCUCUGCAACACUGAAAUAAGUCAAUGUGUGACCACGGGAGACAUCAAAACCCUCCUGGACUCAAAGGGAGUGAGCUACCAGAGCUUUGACCUCCCAUCUCAAAUGGACAUCACCGAGUGUUUCACAGAGGGAGAUGAGAAAGGAGAGCUGCUUCUUGACUUUCUCACCGAAGUGCUGGAUUUUAGUAAAGUGGCUUCACCGGAGCUGAAAGCUGGUGUGUUGGAGCUGCUCCGGCAUCCUGGCUGCAGCAAAGAGUCGGAUGGCAAAGUUAUCUUUAACAACAACCUUGGUGUUAUUGUCAUCAAUAAACCAAUUUAAAAGCCA